GUUAGUCAGUGGUCGACCGUCUGCCGACUACGUAGUCUGUUUUGCGGUGCGGAUCUUUUAAAUCCUACCAAAAGAAAAGUGUCACGUUGUUAUUUAUUGUGUAUUAUGUGAUGUGUAAAUGCAUAAACUUAGAACUCGAAACGUUUCGUUUUGCAAAAGAAAGUUGUUAAUCUUUAAUAAAAAAUGACUGAACUGAUUGUGUCCCGCGGGGAUACGUUUCCCCGGUCCUUCCUGGAUACAUACCGUUCCAGUAGGACGAGCGAACAGUUUUAUAGCGAUUUAAAAGAGAGCAAAAGCGAUGAACUGGUGCUGCAAGGAUCCGAAGAUAUUCCUAUUUCUCAAGAGAUUCAUCAUGGUCAUUCGGAUAACCUCCUUGAUUCUUCGAUCGCCUGUUCCUCCUCUCCUUCCGAAGGGGAUUUUGUUGAAAAACCUGAAGUUUUGUUACCUAGGAGCCACCGGAGAAGACCACCUACCGUUUAUGAUAGGGUUGAUCCUGAGGAUAGUAUUAGAGAUAUUGUUACUGAAAAUGAUUUUUAUAAAUUUGUUCUAUUCAAAAAACAUUACGAUAAGUACUUACAUUUGAGUCAAGAAUACGAAAAGACGAGGAAUAUAGCGUAUUAUUUAGAAGAAAAAUAUGAUGAAGUAAAGACUGAAAGGGAUGGCUUGAUACAACAGAAAGAGGAAUUGGCGAGAAGAUUGGAAUCCAGCGAGAGUUUGGUGCGGGAAAAAGAAGAUGAAGUUUUCGUUCAACUCGAAAGAAUAGUUUUCUUGGAGGAACAAUGCGAUAAGUUAAAAGCGGAAGUGGAAAUGUACCUACAACAAAAAUCUCAAAUAGAAAAGGAGCGAGACGAAGCCCUAAGACUGCUGAAAGAACAAGCCAGAGAAUCGGAGUUCACCAGGCGGAAACUGGAAAGGGCCCGGCAGGAAGUCUUUCAGCACAUGACGAAGAUCAAAUCCGAAAAGGAACACUUGGAAAGAGAGAAUGAUCAGUUGAAGGAAGCCUUAGAAUUGGAGCGUAAGGGUGGUUUGGGAAAAUACUUGACUCAAGUGUCAUGUAGAUCUCAUAAUAAGAGUGCUGUUGAGAUGCCGUCGAAUGAGAAAGAAGCCGGGCGAGAGGCGACACUUAGCUCGCAAUUUCAGAAAGCGAUGCAACACCUGGCCACGUGCAAACGAAGGAAAUGUUCUGUUUGCGCCUAUACCAGAGCUGUUUUUGGAAAUAUGUCAAGAAAUCAUCCGAGUAACCAUCAAAAAUACGAAAAAAAAUUAUUUUCUUGUCUUCAAACACCAUUCUUAGAAAUGAAAAAUAUGAUUAAACCACCACCCUCCCCGAUUCACGGCGAAGGAGAGAGCCUUUCCGAAUGGUUUUGCCAACUAAGUAUGGCAGAACAAAGCGAAUGUUCUUCGUUAAGCGUUCCUUUUGCAGAAUUAGCAAUCAGUUACAUGGAUGAUACUUCAGAUACAACUUCCAAUAGCUUACCAGCUGAAGGAUGCGACGUUGUUAUUAGACACAUGACCACGGAUAGUGCAAGGGGUUUUAGUAGUGAUUCUGGAUUCUCUUCUGAUGCAUGCGGAGAUUGUAAAAGUAAUGUAACGACGCCGAAAGAAAAGUUUAGUCCAAAAGGAACGUUGGAUGAGGCGGAAUGUGCCAAAUUAACGCGAACUAAAUGGACCGCGUCGUUUCGGAAAUUAAUUAAUCGCAUUAAAAAAUAAAAAAUUAAAUGAUUGUUAGGGUUGCAUGU